AUGUCGGAAUUGAACGAGUCCGAGGUCAAGCUUGAAGCUCUCUUGGGCAUCAUCAACUCCUCUGCACGCCAAGCAAUCGCGGAAUACAAGAAAACCGGAUAUGGAGUCCCUAGUGCCGAUGCAACCACCUUUCACCCUCUCGACAUGGCGACAGAUACGCUUGCCCUCAAAAGGGCCAUUAGGCUCCUCGAAGGUGCAUACCACCAAUUGAGCGCAAUACUGGCUCCCCCACAACAUACAGUGAUGAAUUUUGUUUGUAAUUACAAUUGGGCAUGCACAAAUGUUGCCUUGCGAGCACGCCUUGCAGAUGUUCUGGACCAGCACCCAGAAGGUCUUAGCGUGGAUAGGCUGGCUGACGCUGUCGACUUGGACAAGAGCAAGACUGCACGCAUCUUACGAGCUUUAUCCAUCAUGGGCUGCUUCAAAGAAGUCGAGCGAGACGUCUUCGCAAACACCCGACUCUCCCUCAUACUCAAGUCAGCGAACAACACUGGGUGUUUCGCACAACUUCAUUCCACGGAUGGCCCAAAAUUUGCUGGAGUUCUCUAUGAGACUAUGAUUGACCAAGAAUUUUCAAGGUCGCAUGAGGUCGACAAAGCACCCCGAGUAUUUGCCUCCAGCAAGGAGGGAAACAAGGAUAACUUGUGGGAAAUGAUGGAGAAUAACGAGGAGCAACGCGAUCUAUUUCACAGAGCCAUGCUUGGACACAGUGAUAUGUUGGGCGCUUCUGCAGUGCUGCAUCAAUAUCCUUGGGACGGUAUAUCCUCGGUGGUGGAUGUUGGAUCUGGUAUAGGAGCUAUUUCCGUUCCUCUGGCGAAAAUGUUCCCUCAUCUCAGAAUCACCAACCAUGAUCUCCCGGAGGUUAUUGUACAAGCACGAAUCGCAUGGCAGAAGGAUGCUCCCGAGGCACUACUCGACGGGCGCGUGGAGUUCGUCCCAAUCAAUUUUUUCGAGGACGUACCUGUUGUUGGGAAGGAUGUCUACUAUUUGAAGCACAUUAUCCACAACUGGCCGGACGUUGAGGCAACGACGAUCCUUCGUAACAUUCGCAAGGCAAUGAGACCAGAUAGCGUAUUGCUAAUUCAUGAUUGCGUGCUCUUUCACACAUUGCAAGAACCUGGCGUAGGCACUAACGGGUUAACCAUCGCCCCCGAACCUAUGUUACCGAACUUCGGAGCAGGCAGUCACAGAACAUAUCAAACAGAUAUGACUAUGUGGCUUGUUCUGAAUUCCAAGGAACGAACCUUGGACGAGCUGAAGAUCCUCGGGCAAGUUCCUUCUAGUACAUCGGCCAAUGCUGGGCUAGCACUCACCCAAGUUUAUGAUCUUGUAGAGACGAUGGUCAUGGAGUUCAGAAUCGCUCAAAGUUGA